AUGACUUCUGCCUUCUUUCGCCGCCCAACCGACGGGAGCUCUAACUCUAGCUCAAGCUCAGACGUUAAUGAGUCCGACGAAGAAGAGCUGCAUAUUCUCCAAACAGAUGUUGGAAAUGAAAGCGAAACGCAGACCCUUACCACAGAAUCAUUGCCCAGCCAUGGAAGUGUGUCUCAGGGGGAUGAUGUCGAUGCAACAGCGGUCUCUAAAGUCGACCGACACCGCACCAAUCUGCUGAACGCCCUCCUCGAGGACUUUGCCCGAAACAGAGCCAGUGACUACUUGAAUGAGGCAGUCCCGGGGUCCAAGUUCGACAGAUCAUCACCUGAAGUCCAGGCAUUGGCAGGAACCGUGUAUCAACAGGUCAGCCAGUCACUGGCAAUUACUGGCAUUCUGCCAGCAAACAAUGCAGCAGAUAGCAAUGCGCAAGUACGAGCGGCAUACUUGGCAGGCAUCGAGAGCAUCGCGAUAGCUGAGGUCCAUGGUCACAGCAUCCUGCCGGGACAAGCUCGGUCACAAAUCCCACCACCCGGCCAACAGCUUGCCGUCACCACAGUAGGAAGCCAGAGACAGGAUCUUGCCCCACAGUCCCGUCAACGGCAGCUCGGAAACCUCUUUUUACAUCCAGCCGAGCAUCCUUCGUCGACACCGUUCUCGGAACUGAUCGUCUCGGCCCCUGAAGCGCGUCGCAGCCACUAUGAGUCGAGUUUUCAACAACUUCGGUUGCUUGGGAAAGGAGGGUUUGGCCGAGUAUAUCACGCUUACAACAUAUUUGACAAGAAGGAGUACGCUGUUAAGAAGAUCCCUUUAAGCCCUCGAUUGUCGCGACGAUACCGAGAGUCCGGGCACCAAGAGCUGGAAAACGUGCUCAGGGAAGUCCAAGCAUUAGCCCAGCUGGAACACAACAAUGUGGUUAGGUAUCAUGCCACGUGGAUCGAGGAGCCAAAGCACACGCCCGACGCCAUUUACCAGAGUAGAAACCGGAACAUUGCAGUGCCGGGCAGGAGACUCAUCGCUGAUCGUGCAAUGCACUCACCACCCAGUGCUCUUCGCACGCAAUCUCCGAUCCCCGAUCACAGCGACGGCAUUAUCUUCGGUUCCGACAGUCGGUCAAGUAUGCCUGUCUGUGAAGUGGAGGGCGACGCCCCAGCACCGGUGUGGUCUGUAGGCGACACUGAUCCUGAACCUUCAUCUGCACGAGCGUCGGAGAUCUUCACGGAUGGCAAUGCUCGACCCGGUGUCACCCGUGACUCAGUCAUGGACGAUACGGUGUAUGUACUGCAUGUCCAGAUGUCAGUGUAUCCAACGACAUUGGCACAAUAUCUAGCACCGGUACAACCGAACAGCAGGAGCGCGCUCAGCAUACCAACCAAGAGACACUGUUUCCACCUAGUACCAGCGCUUCGCCUGUUGAUGGGCAUUCUAUGUGGGUUGCAAUACAUCCACGCGAGGGGACUAAUUCAUCGGGACAUCAAGCCCUCGAACAUUUUCAUUUCAACCUUGGAUACUUCCGCGAUAGGUCUUAUCCCUGACGGCUAUCAUGACGUGGGAUCCUGUGUUGGGUGCCCAGAUCCCCGUCCGUACUUUGUCAACCCACGUAUUGGUGAUUUCGGUCUCGUCGCUGAGCUGGCGAGAAACGAUGAUGGCAAUCAAGCAAAGAGCGCUGCGAAGCCUGUGGGAACGGAGUACUACAGGCCACCUUCAAUGAAGACUUUCAAGGAUAACCACGUUGAUGAGAAAUUGGACGUUUUCGCACUUGGGGUCAUUCUUGUCGAGCUCUUGUGGCCAUGUUCUACCAGCACCGAGCGGAUGCACAUUUUACGAGAUGUGCAGAAAGGAAAGGUUCCACCUCGGUUGGGUGAGAAGAUCGGACAGGAGGGACACGAAGCUAGCAUCGGCCAUUCGGUUAUUCAGUGCAUAUCAGGAAUGAUCGAGAGGGAUCCAGGGCGCCGAUGGAGUUGCCCGCAGGUCAAGGAGUCAAUAGAAUCGAUGCUGGAAAAGUGCAAGACAUUAGCACCUAUUGACAGUCAUAGCGCUCUCAAUGGGAGUGACGCGGCUGGCCUGGAUGGGAUGACCAAGGUCUUGAGCAUAGAUGAAUCGACAGAGCAGGAGUCGAGGCAAAGCGUGGACGAGGCGGUCUAA